CUCGGAGCCGCCCCGAGCUGCGCAGGCCGGGUGGCCGGGGGAGUCACACUCCAUGGGUUUAUGUGGUGAAUGAUCUUGGCACAGAAGAGAAUGAAGGCAUGAUGGCUUCAUUCCAGCGCUCCAACAGUCACGAUAAAGUAAGGAGGAUAGUGGCCGAGGAGGGCCGGACAGCGAGGAACCUGAUUGCCUGGAGUGUUCCCCUCGAGAGCAAAGAGGAUGAUGGAAACCCCAAGAGUCCAUCUGCUGGGAAGCCCAAGAGAUCAGCUCCAGGCACCCAUAAGGCCGCCAAACAGAACACUACAGUAGACUGUAAAAUAGCAUCCACAACUGGAGAAAAGCACUUUGAUAAAAGUCCUACCAAAACAAGACAACCUCGGAAAAUUGAUCUGCGGGCUCGAUACUGGGCGUUCCUGUUUGACAACCUUCGCCGGGCAGUGGAUGAAAUCUAUGUGACCUGCGAGUCAGACCAGAGCGUGGUGGAAUGUAAGGAGGUGCUGAUGAUGCUGGAUAACUACGUGAGGGAUUUCAAAGCACUGAUCGCCUGGAUUCAGCUGCAGGAGAAGCUCGAGAAGACAGAUGCUCAGAGCAGACCCACUUCCUUGGCCUGGGAAGUAAAGAAGAUGUCUCCAGGGCGUCAUGUGAUUCCAAGUCCAUCAACAGACAGGAUUAAUGUAACCUCAAACGCUCGGAGAAGCUUAAAUUUUGGGGCUUCUCCUGGGACAGUGGCUGCUCCCCGUCUGGCUCCCACGGGUGUCAGCUGGGCAGACAAGGUGAAGGCUCAUCACACAGGCUCGACUGCUGCUCCAGAUGUGGCCCCUGCCCAGUCUUGCCCACCUGUGACUCUGCAGAAGGCUUCCCGCAAAAAUGAACAAAAAGAUGCUGAAGGCUGGGAGACCGUCCAGAGAGGGAGACCUGUCCGUGCUCGGUCAGCAGCAAUGACAGCCAAAGCUGCCCCCACGCCAGAGACUUUGCGGCCCAAGGAUGACAGCAACAAGGAAAACGUGUGUCUCCUGCCCAAUGACAGCAGACAGAAAGGCGAGUUUACUGGAGAUGUCCCAGCUAACACUGUGGAACCUCGGCCCAAAGACUCCUUGCGCUGCAGUGACCACCCUCUGGCUGAGAGAACCCAGUUCACAGUGCCUGCACUGGAUGAUGUCAAGAAUUCUGGCAGUAGUCAGGAUACGUCUGUGCAAACUCCUGGAGCGCCUGCCGUUUGCGUGGAGGAGCGUGUGUCAGUUAUCCGGCAAGCCGACACACCCCCUUUGGGGAUAAAGGAAGAUAAGCUUGCAGUGGAAAAAACAAGGAUAGAAAAUGAAAUGGACCCUUCAGAUAUUUCAAAUGUGAGUGCUGCUAACUUGUCAAUGGCAGAGGUCCUUGCUAAAAAGGAAGAGUUGGCAGAUCGGCUGGAAAAGGCCAAUGAGGAAGCCAUUGCCAGCGCCAUUGCUGAGGAGGAACAGCUGACGAGAGAGAUUGAGGCAGAAGAGAACAAUGACAUCAACAUCGAGACAGACAACGACAGCGAUUUCUCGGCCAGCAUGGGCAGUGGGAGUGUAUCUUUCUGUGGAAUGUCUAUGGACUGGAACGAUGUUCUUGCAGAUUAUGAAGCUCGUGAAUCUUGGCGCCAGAAUACCUCCUGGGGGGAUAUCGUAGAGGAGGAGCCUGCUCGACCCCCAGGACAUGGAAUCCACAUGCAUGAGAAGCUUUCCUCACCCUCUCGUAAAAGAACAAUAGCAGAAUCUAAGAAGAAACAUGAAGAAAAACAAAUGAAAGCCCAGCAGCUAAGAGAAAAGUUACGUGAAGAGAAAACUUUAAAGCUUCAGAAAUUGUUAGAGAGGGAGAAGGACGUCCGGAAGUGGAAGGAAGAACUGCUCGAUCAGCGGCGUCGAAUGAUGGAAGAGAAGUUGCUUCAUGCGGAGUUUAAACGUGAGGUGCAAUUACAAGCAAUUGUGAAAAAAGCACAAGAGGAAGAAGCUAAGGUUAAUGAAAUUGCUUUUAUAAACACCCUCGAAGCCCAGAACAAGCGGCAUGAUGUCUUAUCGAAGCUGAAGGAGUAUGAACAGAGACUUAACGAGCUACAGGAAGAGCGUCAGAGAAGACAGGAAGAGAAGCAAGCCCGAGACGAAGCUGUGCAGGAGCGCAAGAGAGCUCUUGAGGCGGAACGACAGGCCCGCGUAGAGGAGCUGCUUAUGAAAAGGAGGGAGCAGGAGGCCCGGAUCGAGCAGCAGAGGCAAGAAAAGGAAAAAGCCCGUGAGGAUGCCGCCCGGGAGAGAGCCAGAGACCGGGAGGAGCGCCUGGCAGCACUCACAGCCGCUCAACAGGAGGCCAUGGAGGAGCUGCAGAAAAAAAUUCAGCUCAAGCAUGAUGAGAGCAUUCGGAGGCACAUGGAGCAGAUCGAGCAGCGGAAGGAAAAGGCCGCGGAGCUGAGCAGUGGGCGACACACGAGCACUGAUGAUGCCCCCAAGCUGACCCCUUACGAGAGGAAGAAGCAGUGCUCUCUCUGCGGUGUGCUGAUUUCUUCAGAAGUCUACCUUUUUAGCCACAUUAAAGGGAAGAAACACCAGCAAGCUGUGAGAGAAAACAGCAGCAUCCAAGGACGAGAACUUUCGGAUGAGGAAGUGGAGCAUCUUUCCCUGAAGAAGUAUAUUGUUGACAUUGUAGUUGAAAGUGCAGCUCCGCCAGAGCCCCUGAAAGAUGGAGAAGAGAGGCAAAAAAACCGAAAAAAAGCCAAGAAGAUCAAAGCCCGGAUGAACUCCAGGGCCAAGGAAUAUGAGAGUUUAAUGGAAACCAAAAACUGUGGUUCUGAUUCACCUUAUAAAGCAAAACUCCAGCGGUUAGCCAAAGAUCUUCUGAAACAACUGCAAGUGCAAGACAGUGGCUCCUGGGCAAGCAAUAAGGUGUCUGCUUUGGAUCGGACCCUGGGUGACAUUAGUAGGAUAUUGGAGAAAGAGAAUGUGGCCGAUCAGAUCGCAUUUCAAGUCGCUGGUGGAUUAACAGCCCUUGAACACAUCCUUCAAGUAGUAGCCCCAGCCGCAAAUGUGAACACGGUUUCACGAAUUCCACCCAAAUCCCUCUGCAAUGCAAUCAAUGUUUACAACCUGGCCUGCAGUAACUGCUCGGAGAACUGCAAGGAUGUUCUGUUUAGUAACAAGAUUACCUUCUUAAUGGACCUCCUGAUACACCAGCUGACGGUUUAUAUUCCAGAUGAAAACAAUGCUAUUUUGGGAAGAAAUACAAAUAAACAAGUGUUUGAAGGCUUGACCACUGGGCUUCUCAAAGUGAGUGCUGCAGUUCUGAGCUGCCUGAUUGCCCACUGGCCAGAUGCAAGCAGCCAGCCGGCCACCCCGAAAACAUCCGCACAGGAAAUGAAAAGCCCAGCCUCCCAAGCUGAUGCUUUCCCCAGUCGCAUUCAGGACCUUAUCAGCUACAUGGUGAACAUAGGUCUGAUUGACAAGCUGUGCGGCUGCUUCCUGUCAGUGCAAGGCCCAGUGGACGAGAACCCCAAGAUGGCCACGUUCCUGCAGCACGCCACCGGCCUCCUCCACGGAAUGUGCACGCUGUGCCUGGCCGUCACGGGAAGGUCGCAUGGCAUAUUCGACAGUAACCGCCAGGAUCCCACGGGGCUGACAGCUGCUCUACAGACCACGGACCUGGCUGGGGUCCUGCACAUGCUGUACUGUGUCCUCUUCCACGGCACCGUCUCCGACCCCAGCUCGGCCACCCCCAAGGACAGCUACAGCCAGCACACGGUACAGGUGGCCAUUCAGAGUCUGCGCUUCUUCAACAGCUUCGCAGCCCUCGACCUGCCCACUUUCCAGUCUGUCGUAGGGGCAGAGGGCCUGUCCCUUGCAUUCCGGCACAUGGCCAGCUCCCUGCUGGGUCACUGCAGCCAGGUCUCCUGCGAGAGCCUCCUCCACGAGGUCAUCGUCUGCGUGGGCUACUUCACUGUCAACCACCCAGAUAACCAGGUCAUCGUGCAGUCAGGCCGCCACCCCACAGUGCUGCAGAAGCUGUGCCAGCUGCCCUUCCAGUACUUCAGCGACCCACGGCUGGUCCGGGUGCUAUUCCCCUCACUGAUCGCUGCCUGCUACAACAACUGUCAGAACAAGAGCAUCCUGGAGCGGGAGAUGAGCUGUGUGCUGCUGGCCACCUUCAUCCAGGAGUUUGCCCAGGCUCCCGGUCGGUGGGACAGCCAGGCUCAGCCGCCCAGAGGAAGAUCCCUCGGACCCCAUGACUACCUUGAGCUCGCUAACAGAUUUCCCCAGCAGGCCUGGGAAGAAGCGCGACAGUUUUUCUUGAAAAAAGAGAAAAAAUAAAUGUUUUCGCUGGUUUGUGUAUCCGGAACGGUGUUAUUUUUAAACUGAACAAACCGGCCGCCAUCCCGCCCCUUCCCCGGAUGCCACGGACAGUACUGCUGAUGGCGCGACCACAGACACUGGAUGUGCCACCCUCCAUUGCCCAGGCUGAGUUUACUCCACGGAUGAACAGUACUCCAGUUUGGAGAACGCCCAUCGGUGAUGAUGCACGCUUUGCAUCUGUACCACUGGUGCAAUUAGAAUAUACAAUUAGCACGUAGCUUCUGUUGUAAUAAAAUAAUUUAUUAUUGUUUG